AUGCGAUUAAAAUGUUGGGGCCCGUUUCUCUUCUGUCUGAUCAUCUCUUCAGCCCUUGACGCCCACCAAAUGUAACGUCAGGAAACCAAUAGUUAAAUUGUGUAGAGAUGACGUUUUUAAGGUGUACCGAGUUUUUCCCGUUGCGUUGGAACAGAUUCAAUUAUUGGAUGGGAUCAACGUUGACAAUGGCGAGGUAAGCUAAAGUUUGCGGAAGCAUUCCUAACUUCCUUUUUGUUACAGAUUGAUUUCUGGUACAGGACAACCAAACCGGGGGGAUUCUCCGAUGUUAUGAUCUCUUCAACUUUUGAGCCUGUGUUUCUACAAUUAUUAAACAAGCAUGAGAUUCCGUUCAACGUCACCAUUCCAGAUGUCCAACAGUAAGGACAUAUUAGCUUAAUUUAUCGGUUUAGAUUAAUCAUACAAAAAGAGAAACGCAAAAAAGAAGAUCUUUUUGGAACGCGGUUACGAAGAACCCCUCAGACAUACCGUAAGAGAUAUUACCCGAGUCUUCUUUGCCUUGAUUUUUAAAUCAUUUUCGUGUUAAGUUUAAAAAAUAAUACUGUUCAUUUCAGCUUCUGGUCGAGAUAUUGAGACCGUGGGGAUUACUAGAGCCGAUUUUCGAUUCGGAGAGUAUAGUAGCUAUGCUGCCAUGGUCAGGUAUCUUAGGACGCUGGAGUUUUAUUAUCCUAAAAUAGUCAGACUCAUCAGAAUAGGGAUGUCCCAUGAAGGUCGACCAAUCGAAGGAGUGAAGGUUGGUAAACAGCUGCCUGGACGUUGGUCUAACGUUGCCGUUUUCUUCACAAGGAAAGUGCUUUUAUAGGGACUCCUACUUUUACGCGGGACACAUCUCAAAAAAAUCCGAAAAAUUGUGAAUAUGUAAAAAUUACAGUGCGCGACAAAAUUAUAACCGCACUUUAGGAAUUGCUGUAACUUUUUUGGUUGUCAAUAGAAAUGUGCCAUAUUUGGCUCCAAUAUGCACUAGUGCCUCACGAAUCAUGUGCCAAAAAAUUAUUUCGGGAAAUUUCCCCAAUUUGGAAAAAAAUUGAAAAAACCAAAAUUUUGAUGAUUUUCUAUGCGACAAAAUUAUAACCGCACUUACGAAUUUGGUGAAUUAGCCUAAUUAAAUCAAGGAAUAACAAUAACUAAUGUUUAGUUAGGUUGCCUGAGGCUUCAAUAACGUCGAUUGAAUAGCCGGGAAUAUUCUGGGCAAAGUUUUUUUAGCCUCUUCUGGCCAAUUUUGUGCCAGAAUCGGAAAAGUGCCUAUUUUAGCUCAGUUACUGUAGCAUAAUGCUUGUUGUCGCGGUGUAGUUAACAAACCAGGAAGCCCCACAUGUUCUCUGUCGGAUUUGAAGCCAGGGAACGCAUGGGCUCGUCCGGGAUAGCAAUUCCUUGUCGUUUAAGAAACAGCUUUGUCUACCAGCUAAGGUAUACGCGAGCCCUGCCCUGCAUUUACGUGUAGUCUGGUUGCCAAUACGUUACCCGAUGGUUGCCUAAGACUCCCUGGUACUCAAGGAUACUUAUUUGAGUUGAUGUGGCCUCCAACGGAAGCACUCCGGUUCUUCGAAUGCGCCGAAAGAUUAUCAGCAAGCCACCUAAAACGUUACGGCGCGGGAAAUAAUGCGUUUCUCUUCUGAUUUCACGUCUUAAUGUGGGUCAUGUGUGAAGCCGUCAGGUACAUCAUUUGGCCAUAAAAUCUUCAAGGAUUUCGGCACUGUAAUGAUGUUAAACUAACCUUUAACUGAUCAACCUAUUUUGCCAAUGUCACCUUGGCAAAUCUCGGCCGCGCUCUGCCGUGGACCCGGCCAGCUGAGGCCACAACUUCAUACGACGCCCAGUGAUGACGUAGCCGUGUCUUACAACCUCCAGCAUAGCUUUACUGCUACAAUUGAGGCCUAUUUCUUAGCUUAUAUGAGCCCAAGGGAUAUUGGAGUUGGAAACUCGGCGGAUAUAUCAGCCCUUGCUCUGCUGCAGUGGCGCAACUUUUUUCUCAGAACGUUUAGAUGUGUUAUAGGCUUCUGGGUUACUCAGUUAGUUGCUGGCAAACUCUGUCCGAAUGGCCUACCUGAGCUAAAAUAGGCACUUUUCCGAUUCUGGCACAAUAUUGGCCAGAAGAGGUUAAAAAAACUUUGCCCAGAAUAUUCCCGGCUAUUCAAUCGACGUUAUUGAAGCCUCAGGCAACGUAACUAAACAUUAGUUAUUGUUAUUCCUUGAUUUAAUUAGGCUAAUUCACCAAAUUCGUAAGUGCGGUUAUAAUUUUGUCGCAUAGAAAAUCAUCAAAAUUUUGGUGUUUUCAAUUUUUUUCCAAAUUGGGGAAAUUUCCCGAAACAAUUUUUUGGCACAUGAUUCGUGAGACACUAGUGCAUAGUGGAGCCAAAUAUGGCACAUUUCUAUUGACAACCAAAAAAGUUACAGCAAUUUCUAAAGUGCGGUUAUAAUUUUGUCGCGCACUGUAGCUACCCAAUUUUGGGUUUAAGGGUCGAAAAUGCCCAAAAACUGGCUAAAUUUAUCGUCAAAAGGCGCCUAGCGUUAAAAAGUAAUUUUUGGAAUUUUUUCUAAAAAUACUCAAUAUAGGGGUUAUCGAGGGUGCUGAUUUCGAAAAUGAUGAUGGUUUUUUCUGAUUUUGACUUUUUUUUUAAAACAGGUUUUGCCAGAGAGUCGAGCUAGUUGAGCACAAAAAACAAGGUGUUACAGUAGGGAUGUGAAGUACAUAUCACAAAUAGGUAGUUAGUCAUAUUUUAAAAUUCUCCGGUCAAAUCAUAAAUUUUUGGGUUACUGUAGAUAUACUUUAACAUUUUUAGAUUUUUCAUUUCUCCUCGAUUAGCUGUCCGAUUGGCUCGGGAGCUUUUUAGGGUUAUAGAAUGAAGCAACGUUUGUAUUGACACCUUUUUUUCUAGGACUUCUGGACGUAUGCGAAAAAUUUGCAUAUUUACUAAAAAAUUUAAAAUUCAUUAAUUUUCUCGAAAAAUAUGCAUACUUGUACAUCCUUUUUAUUGCUCCAAAUAAUGCUGUGUGAUGUAACGAUUCCAACGGUAGCAAAAUCGUGGCUAGAUCAUGUGCCACACCUUCACACGAGUCAAGGGGCAUCACGAAAUUUCAAAAUCAGAAAAAGCGAACAUCAUUUUCGAAAUCAGUCUUCGAGUACUUUUAAAAAAAAAUUCCAAAAAAUAACUUUUUAACACUACUAGUUAAGAAAAAAUGUAAAGAAAAAAUUUUGAAAUCCUCGCCAUCGACUGUCCACUAUUCCCCGUUUGGGGGUCUCUCACCAAGGGCAGCUAAUUUUUACCGAAGGGAGACUGAAUAUGAACUGACUGAAUAUGAAGGACCGAAUAUGAAGGACCGAAUAUGAACUGACUGAAUAUGAAAACCGGGUUUCUGUUACUGUUAGUACUACCUAGGUUCCGAUUAAGGACUCUUUUUGAAAUUUUUUCGACUUAUAACACCUUUUAGACGUUAAUGGUGUUGUUUUGGUGUCUAAUACUGCUUUAAAAAAACAUUUUUAACACAUGGUGCAAAAUAGUACUACCUGGUACUAUUUAGUACGAGGAGAAAAUUUGGCCGGUAAUGGUGUUGGUUUGGUGCUUAGUACAGCCCAAAAACACAUUUAUAGCACUUGGUACUAUAUAGUCCUUGAAAUAGACCAAACUUGCCAAAUUUCAUAUUCAGUCAGCACCACAGUUCAUAUUCAGUCAGUUCAUAUUCGGUCAGUUCAUAUUCAGUCCUUUUCAUAUUCAGUCCUUCAUAUUUAGUCCUUUAUAUUCAGUCAGUUCAUAUUCAGUCAGGCACCCAGUUUUUACAUAUUCUUAAUCAGCACGAUUUUACGUAUUUUUUGAGAUAUGUCCCGUCUAAAAGCACGAGCCCCCAUAAAAGUACUUUCCUUGUUAGAAAAAUGCGAAAUCUCGAAGUGUCGAAAUAUUUAUUGACUUGUCGGUUGAGUUCCGCAACAUGUCAGAAAUCUUUUCGGAUUACAAUUUUUUUUAUUAUCCGUUUCAUAGUACAUGCUGGUUCAGCCGAAGCUUCCAACCUUAUUUCAAGUAUUUCUACGCCGGUUGUGUCCGAACACUGACUCAAACAGUGCACACGAGCGAAUUGUGCACCUGAGCGAACAGUGCACCUGACAUUUUUGAACAGUGCACCUAGGUGCACAAAAGAAUUUUUUGCAAAUAAUUGAACAACAUUUGAAAAGUUUUCGCUUCGGGACAGCGAAAGAAAAAUUUUGGGUUUGUGAAAAGCUAAGUAUGAAAAGGGGAGAUCAAAGGAAGUUUUUUUUGACUGGUUUAUUGUGUGUGUGAAAAGAUAAAUACGACAGCGGGACCGUUUUUUUCUUGCAAGAAUAGAGCGUCUUUCUUGCCUUGCUCUGGUGCCAUAUUAUUAUUUUGGCACACCAAACCAAAAAAAUGAUUCUUGAGGUAUAAAAAAAAAUCAGUAAAAACGACUUGCCUUGAUCCCCCUUGUCAUAUUUACUUUUUCACACACAAAAAAAUCUGGCAAAAAAACUUGCUUUAUUCUCCCUUUGCUUUGUCAUAUUUAGCUUUCCACAAACCAAAAAUUCUUUUCCCCUGUCCCGAAGCGAAAACAUUUCAAAAUUUGUUGAAUUAUACAAAAAGAAACACUGAAAGCAUUUCCAAAUUCGUCAGAUGCACUGUUCGAGCAUAAUCCCUGGAUUACCUAAAACGCGACCCGAGCUGUCCCUGACCCGAAAACUCGGGACGCGAAAUUGAAUUUUUUUUGUAAAAAUUUAGAAACUAUGUACAAUUCCGCAUUUGUCAUUUAAAACUGUUCUGAAGUUGCCAAAUGUCACUGUUUUAUAGAUUGGAUUUCCAGUUUCCAAUACCACAAAACGAGCUGUCUGGAUAGAUGGAAAUAUACAUGCAAGAGAAUGGGCGUCGAGUCACACGGCCUUGUUUAUUAUUAAUCAGGUACAUUCUUAAGUUCCCCAGAUUGGCUACAAACCAAAAAAUGAAAAGUCAAUGCGAGCUGCGGCCAGGAAAUAGAAGACCGUGCACUUCACGCAUGGUAAAUAGAAGUCCAAUCGCUAAUCUAGGCUUAGGCUAAACCUAAACUAAGCCGAGCCCAGCCACCUUUUCGUUGUAUGAUUGAGUACGGAAAGGUCCGCUGCGGAAAGGUCCGCUAAAAAAAGAAAAGAGGAGGGCGGGGGAGGGGUGGGGGAGGUUUUCGAUGGCGCUGAUUUCGAAAAUCAUAUCAUUUUUUUCUGAAUUUUACAAUUUUGCUUAAGCAGUAGUGUCAUUUUCGCUGUAAAGACGAAAAAAGUGUCAUAAGUUUUCUUACAGUAUCAUACAAGUUUGACCAAGUUUUUACCAAUUAAAACAUUUAUUUUAAAGAAUUGAGAAAGAAGUCGUAUUGAAUACGAUAUUCGCAAUCAGCGCCAUCGAAAACCUCCCCUCCUCCCCGCCCUCUUCUUUUCUUUUUUUAGCGGACCUUUCCGCAGCGGACCUUUCCGUGGCCAGCGACACAUCUUUUCACAAGGAAAGUAUUAUACUUUUAUGGGGGCUCCUACUUUUCGACGGAAAAUAUUUCAAAAAAUCCGAAAAAUUGUGCAGAUCAUGAAUAUAUAAAACUUAUCUGCCCAAUUUUGGGUUUAAGGGUUGAAAAUGCCCAAAAACUGGCUAAAUUUACCGGCAAAGGGGCUUUAAUCAUGAACAAUGUCAUCAACCUUGACUGAUGCCUGAGCGCAAAAGAAAGAAAUAGUGGAACUGACGUGGAUUGACAUAGUUACCCUAGUCCAUUUUCCUAUGGCGGCAAUCUCUAACAUAAACCGCGUUUAAAGCAUAAUAAUUAUGGUGGCCAUUUUUUGACCAUGCCAAAAGAACAUAUUGCCCCAAUACGUGCUUGGCCAGCACUGCAGUCCAACAAUGUUAUAGUAGCACGUCUUACAAGUCUUGUGAGUUUUGUAUAAGCUUUACACUGAUACCAUAUUUAUAUUUUUUUUAUCUACCUAUGACCACUCUUCUUCGUUAGUGCGAAUCAUCUUGGGGUGGCCUUUUUUUGGCCUCCACUGUAUAUAGGUAGUAACAGUAACAGAAACCGGAGUUGGACGAUUGGGGAAAGGGACGAUGGGGGAAAAAGACGAUUGGGGAAAAGUAUGAUUGGGGAAACCGAAAAGUAUUAUUUUUCUUCCAUGCAAAUGUCGAACUUAGGAUAAGUGCUCAUUCCGAAAACAACAUUCUUUUUUCCUUAAGUAGUACUGUAAAGUAGUAAUUUUUGAUUUUUUCUCAUAAAUACUCGAUUUAGGGGUUUUCGAGGGCGCUGAUUUCGAAAAUCAUGUUCAUUUUUUCUGAACUUUACUAGUUUUCCUUAAGUAGUAGUGUUAAAAAGUAACUUUUUGAAAUGUUUCUAAAAAUAUUGGAUAUAGGGGUUUUCGAGGGUGCUGAUUUCGAAAAUCAUGUUCAUUUUUUCUAGUUGUCGUUUUUUUCCUAACGAAGUAGUAAGUAGUACUGUUAAGUAGUAAUUUUUUGAAAAUUUUCCAAAGAUGCUGGAUUUAGGGGUUUCCAAAGGUGAUGGUCUCGAAAAUCAUGUUAACUUUUCCACUAGCACUAAGUAGUGCUGUCUGACAUUAUGUAGGACCAGCACCUUCGAAACCCCCUAAAUCCAAUAUUUUUGGAAAAUUUUCAAAAAAUUACUACUUAACAGUACUGCUUAAGAAAAAAGCGACAACUAGAAAAAAAGAACAUCAUUUUCGAAAUCAGCACUCUCGAAACCCCCUAUAUCCAAUACUUUUAGAAAAAUUUCAAAAAGUUACUUUUUAACACUACUACUUAAGGAAACCUAGUAAAGUUCAAAAAAAAAUGAACAUGAUGUUCGAAAUCAGCGCCCUCGAAAACCCCUAAAUCGAGUAUUUAUGAGAAAAAAUCAAAAAUUACUACUUUACAGUACUACUUAAAGAAAAAAGUGAGAAUCAAAAAAAUGAAUGUUAUUUUCGAAAUGAGCACCCUCGAUUAUCCUAACUUCGACAUUUGCAUGGAAGAAAAAUAAUACUUUUCGGUUUCCUCAAUCGUACUUUUCCCCAAUCGUCCCAGUUUCACAGAAACCCGGUUUUCAUAUUCAGUCAGUUCAUAUUCUGUCCUUCAUACUUUAAGCCAAUGAUUCUAGAGUAGAAUUUCACGCUGAUUCCAAAAAUAUAAGAAUAAGCUACAUGUUUUUAUAAGCAACCGGUUUGAGCCCGGUCCGAAAGCUGAGCUCCGUUAAAUUCAGAAUGCUAAAAAACCCAAGCACGAUCAACUUUAGCUAUUUACUAGGCGAAAGUUGCACCGUAAUCCGCGGAAACCAAAAACCAUAAUGGAUGGACACGGAUAUUUUAAGAAAAUCUGAGCGCCCCACCAAAAAAACUUCCCUUGUUAAUUGAACCAUAAUACAAUGGUUAAAUUUUAGUUAGUUGCCGGCUAUGGAAACCACCAACAGAUCACUGAAUAUCUGAAUGAACUCAAUUUUUAUAUUGUUCCGUGUCUUAAUCCGGAUGGCUAUGAGUACUCCCGGAGUUCGGUACUACCACAAGUAAGAAAAAACGGUUAUAUAAAAUAUUUGAAGAUACGGCUAUGGAGGAAGAACAGAUCACCCGAAAAGUGUAUGCCCACUCCAUGGGGAGGGAUUCGAUGUUGCCAAGGGGUUGAUCUCAACAGGAACUUCGACUUUCACUGGGCUGGUAGGGUUGCCUUCUUUUAGAUAUAAGGAUGGUGACAUACUCAUCAAAUCGUGUACAGAAACCGCGAUUUCUUGUCUGUUAGGCCCCUAGACAAGAAAUCCGUAAUUAUUGUCUCAAAUUGCGUAACAUUGUUCAAUAUUGCGCAAAUUUCUGCUCUCUCCCUGUGGACACUUGUUUCUCUUUUCUCUGCUCACUAGGGAAGUGUACAAACUGACGCUCACCAAAUGGCAAGUGUUAUACACCACUGGAAAGCCCUUGAAAAAUUGUACAAGGAACCAUUUCCAUUUUUUGUAAUAAAUAGAAUGCGUCAGGGCAGAAAAUUUUCAUUUAUCCCUUAAAACAGCUUUUUUGUAAGGGUCGAGCUAGCUGUGCACAUGAAACAGGAUGUCGCAGCAGAGUCGUGAAACGGUAGCCAUAGGUUUCCCUAAUCACGAAUAUUAGAUUUCAGAAAAAAUUUUUUUGAUUAUUGGCCUACUGUAGGUGUACUGUAGCUUUCCCGCAUUUCCAGGAUCUCAGCUACAAGAGGUCGGGUUGUAUCCGGACCUUCUCUGAAUUAUAGAAUGGACAAUUCUAAGCAUCUUUCAUGUUGGGCACUUUUUCCUAUCUGUGCCGGAAGUAUUCUAAAAAUUUGCAUAAUUGUCAAAAAAUUCACAUUUUUCAAAUUUUAUAGAAAAAUUUGCAUAAUGGCAUGACAUUUUUAUUACCCUAAAAGAUGCUCCGUGAUGUGGCAAUUCAAACGGUAUAUAGAUCACCGCAAGGGGUUCUGCCUAUGUUGCAAACGGGUCGUCUAAAUGUUGGAUCAUCAGGAAUUUAAUUUUUCUGAACGUCAAAUUUUGUCAAAAAAAUGUGGUGUUUGGUAUGACCAAAGAUUGUAUUGGACUUCAAAGUGGUUCCAAAGUAAAAAUAUGUAAUUUUAUGACAAAAUAAUGUUAUAAAUCUUUAAAAGACGAUUUCUGAGUCAGUGGACAUAGGAAAAAAUCAAUUUUGAGAUUUUUGCAUUAAAACGACCGUCGAUAGAUGCUAAGCAAAAGCGAAGGACGUUUUUUUGCGAAAUCCUCCAAUAAGAUAUAUUUUUUUACAAUUUACUGUUUUUUAAGUAAUCGCUUAUAGUUGUCGUAUUUUAGCUCUGAAUACAACAAUUUUAAGCUUACUGAUGUUUUCGACCAUUGCUAACACGACGGAGCUAUUAUUUUUUUUAGUUUCCUACUGUAACUUCCCGUGAUACAGUAUUGGCCGAAAAAAACGGCCGUAAAAUCCUUGUUUCUAAAAACCCCCAGCUGAUUUUUUGAUAUGUUAAUCAGCGUAAAAUUCUGCUCUAGAUGCAAUCAAAAAAAGUGCAAAAAGUGGUACGACAAAUUUCGUGGUGUAGUGGUUAGUGGGCGGGACUACCAUUCCAGCGUCCCGGGUUCGAUCCCGGCUGGGUGCAAAUGUCAAAAAAAAUGCCGCAAAUCAAUUUUUUAAUUACCUAUUUUUACUUUGGAACAACUUUGAAGUCUAAUACAAUCUUUGGUCAUACCAAACAUCAAAUUUUUUUGACAAAAUUUGACUUUAAUUCCUGAUGAACCAAUAUUUAGACGACCCGUUUGCAACAUAGGCAGAACCCCUUGCGGUGAUCUAUAUACCGUUUGAAUUUCCACAUUACGGAGCAUCUUUUAGAGCAAUAAAAAUGUCAUGCCAUUAUGCAAAUUUUUCUAUAAAAUUUGAAAAAUGUAAAUUUUUUGACAAUUAUGCAAAUUUUUAGAAUACUUCCGGCACAGAUAGGAAAAAGUGCCCAACAUGAAAGAUGCUUAGAAUUGUCCAUUCUAUAAUUCAGAGAAGGUCCGGAUACAAUCCGACCUCUUGUAGCCGAGAUCCUGGAAAUGCGGGAAAGCUACAGUACACCUACAGUAGGCCAAUAAUCAAAAAAAAUUUUUCUGAAAUUUAAUACUCGUGAUUAGGGAAACCUAUGGUUACUGUUUCACGGCUCUGCUGCGACAUCCUGUUUCAUGUGCACAAGGCAAAUCUGAAAGCUCGAGUCUUUCGCAAAACCUGUUUUAAGUUGUUUUCUUAUGUGAUAAGAUACGUUUUGUUUUAAAACGCAAAGUGGUACGAAUUAUCACUAGGUGGGUUUAGGAAUUAUUUUUCAGCGUGGCUUUUGCCAACAAAACCAUCUUCUUUACUUGUAAUCUAAUCCCCGUUUUCGUAUACUCAAACAGUGAAAAAAAAUCAUUGUUUUUAUCCAAAAAAAAACGUGUAAAUUUACUGGUUUUAAAUGCAAUGGAUCGUCUUCUAACAAAAUUAAAAGACUUACAAAAGUUUAACGCAAAUAUGUUUCUAACUCAAAAAAAAAAUCAAAACGGGCUCUUCAUUGAUGUAUGUCACUUGUCAUUUAGUGAGGGUCAGUUUGUACAGAAAUUGCGGACUACGAUGACAACAAGGACUGCAAGAGGAUUGUAUUCUCGUCUAUUCUCCUCCCAGACAAGAGUUGCGAAUUUCUUGUCUAGAGGCAUAACAGACAAGAAAUGGCGGUUUCUGGUCACGACACCCGAUUUGAUGCGUAUGUCACUAUCCUUAUAUGUUUGCAGAGACUGGGUCCAGCGACAAUCCCUGCUCGAAUCUUUACGCUGGGGAAUAUGCGUUCAGUGAGCCCGAAUCACAGUAAGCUGACUUCAACGGAGUUUGAAAAUCUGUGUUUUAGCUCUGUGUCCAUGUUUUUGCAAUCCAACAAUCUAAGAGGCAAGUUAGAUGUUUUUAUUACCCUUCACACUUAUGCCCAAUUCUGGAUUCAUCCCUAUAGUCAUUUACGACGAAAAUAUCCAACCGAUGUUGAUGACAUUGUAAGUUUGAUUUCUUUGGAUUGCAUCUGUUUAGUUGGGCAUGGCUGAGAAGGCGACAAAGAAGUUAAAACAAAUAUACGGAACCGAAUAUCACGUGGGAACAGGCGCUGACCUGUUGUGUAAGUGGUUGCGAUAACUCGAUGUUCCUUUUAGCACCAGCAGCCGGUGGCUCCGAUGAUUGGGCCAAGGAUAUUCUUGGAGUAAAAUACGUUUAUUUGUUGGAAUUGCGACCAAAUAAUAACAGUGAGUGAAUGUAAGGCGCGUGUGUUCUACAUCGUUUCGGAUUUUAUUCUCGUCCCAAAUUGCGCAACAUUGCGCAAAUUUUUGCUCUAUCCCCGUGAAGAUUUUUUUCUUUCUUGCUCUGCUCAGUCAAGAAUCGCGCAUUUCUUGUCUAGAGGGCCCACAGGCAAGAAAUGCGGGUUUUCUGCGAGGAGGACCGAAAAGAUGUCGAACGAACGCGCCUUAUAUUCCAAAACUUAAAUCGAAAUUUAGUGAAAAAUGGGUUUAUCUUGGACAGAUCGGAGCUGUUGCCGGUGGGUGUAGAAACAUUGGAAGGUCUGAAGGUUAUCUUUGACUCGGUUCUAAAACAAAACUCGACGUCAUCCCAACCUAGCGCUUACAGCCUAUCCGUUAACAACACUCUCGACAUUAGACGACUCUCUUCAAACGCUCCCAGUAAUCCUUUCAACCAGCAUGCAAGAUCUACCCAGCCUUCGCGUUGGAAUACUAUAUAUAUACCUCGGACCCCACAUUACACUACACCGAUCACCACAACAGCGACAGCAAGUACAAAUGAGGCUAGUACUCUGUCUUCUACAACUACUACGGCCGCUGCACCUACAAUCAAAAUUUUGAGUGCUACAGCGAUGACGACAACAACGACUACAAACGCUCGGGAAGAAAAAUCUUUAGUCGCUCCUGUUGCUCAAACUGGAUCUGAAAUAGAUGCUCAAACGACAACAUCAAAGGAAGGAGCCUUAGAUAUUCUGAAGAACUUACCUUUCGAAACUCGAAAACAGUUGAGCGAGGAAUUGCUAAAGAAGCAACUCAGUAAGUUGAGACGAUUUGGUUAUCGUUAAAUUUAGUGAGAAUAAAAAACCUGGCUAUGAUGAACACAACACCAAUUCUUCCGUCCACUCUGAACCUUAAAAAUGCGGCGUCUGAAUUAGAAAUUGCGUCUGUUCUUAGUACCCAAACAGUACCUUACUCGACGUUACUAUCGUCUACCCCUUUAAACAGCACCGCUCUGCCCUCAACGAUUUUCGCUUCUCGUUAUCUAAGCACGACCACAAGACCAUCUACACAAAUAGAUUCGACAUCUACAACAAGGAAAACAUCAGAAAGUUGCGUAGACAAGAAGUAUUCUUGUGCCUUUUGGAUUAAUGCUGAUAAAAAAGCCUGCCAUGCGCAGAAAAGAUUUAUGGAGACAAAUUGUGCAUUGUCCUGCGGUUACUGUAAUAAGGAAUAG